UCUUUUUAGGAUGGCCAUUACACUCUGAGGGUCCUCUAUCCAGAUGAAGCCGGACAGUUAGAUAUCGCUACAGUGUCUUGUGAUGCAAACCAACGCCUCGCUGUUUCCCUAAAACAGCUGAGUGUGCAGUCAGAUCAGAUGCCAGUUUGUGCAAAACUCCCCCCGACACAACUGUCCCAGGUAUCACCUGCCCUGCCUCCAGCAGACCCUCUGCUGCUCAACAGCAAACCUGAAGGCUGCAGCAUCUCUGCCGAUCAGAGGGUGUUGUGUGGCACCUCGAAUAUAACGCAAGACGGCUGCUUGGCUAAAGGAUGCUGUUUUGAUGCAGAGACCGCAGUCUGCUAUUAUCCCAUGGAUGAAUGCACUGCUGAUAAGAACUUUGUCUUUGUUGUUUAUAAUGAUUUCGCAAACAUCUCUGUGAACCCCAUGAGCCUGAUGGUUGCUGGAAAGCCUGGUUGCAAGCCUGUUAUCUCCAACAAAGACUUCGCCAUCUUCAAGUUUUCUGUCUCCGAGUGUGAAACGCGCUCUUUCGUAAUUGGCGAGACGAUAAUUUACCUGGCUGAGGUACAGACCAUCAUCAGAGUUCGCAACCUGAAGUACGGCAUGAUCUCCAGGGAUAACCCAAUCAGACUGAUGGUCGAAUGCCGCUACCGGAGGGUUGCAGCCUCUCCCAUGGUUGGCCGACCCGUGCUUAUGAGUGCAGGAUACAUGGUUAUGAGUCCCAGUCUGCCUCCAUACCUGCUGUCUGAAGGACUGUUUGGAGUUCAGCUUUUAAUCUCUAUGGAUGAGACUUUCACCAAGUUUUAUCCACGGUGUCAUCAGCCCCUACAUGUUCUUUUGGGGAAGCCUGUGUAUCUGGAGUUGCGUCUGAAGUCUCGAAAACCUGCAGCGACUCUCAUAGUUCACUACUGUGUGGCCUAUCCACGCUCCGCUCAGAGCGCCCUGAUUCUGCUGUUUGAUGGAUGCCCCAAUCCUCUCGACUCUGGCAGCACCUCUAUCCUUUAUAUGAAACAUCUUCCUCAGAAUCAGCACCAGCGUCGCUUUGAGAUCAAAGCCUUUCAGUUCAUGGAUUUGUCCACCAGAAAGUACCUGAAUGAGGAGAUUUACUUCAUGUGCUCUACCGAAGUGUGCUUGCCCUCUGGGUCGCCUUGCACAGAGACCUGCUUCGAUGGAAAGUCUCCUUGAACAAGGCCCAGGUGAACCACCGGCAAUGGGAGUGUGAAUCCUCCUGUUGUUGUUGUCUGACUUUGAAUAAAAUGUAUUAUCUUUG